AUGCAACUGGUCGGGAAACAGCAAGGCCGGUCGCUAGUGGCCGAGGCGACCGGCCAUAAUCGUGGUCUCCUCUUCCUACGUGACUCAGUUUCCAAGAGGCAGUUUCUCAUCGACACUGGAGCAGAAGUCAGUGUUCUUCCUGCUACUGGAUUGGACACGCGUACGAGGCAACCAGGACCACCGCUACUGGCAGCCAACGGUAGCUCAAUCAGGACGUAUGGAACUCGCAAACUCUCUUUUCAUUUUGCUUCAAACAGAUAUCAGUGGUCUUUUAUAGUCGCCGAUGUGACUCGUCCUCUGCUAGGAGCUGAUUUCUUGCACUCCAACUCUCUACUAGUUGAUAUGAAUGGAAAACGUCUUGUGGAUGCAGCAACUUUCCACUCUGCUCCACUUAUGCAGACCUCGACCAAAACUCCUGCGCCUCACCUUGAUGCAAUUUCAACUUCUACCGACAAGUAUGACAUAUUGCUGGCGGACUUUCCAGCCAUCACGACACCUAACUUUGUCCAACAACCUACCAAGCACGGUGUGGAGCAUUUCAUCACUACCAAAGGUCCACCAGUUCAUGUUUGUGCCCAUCGCCUGCCUCCAGAUAAACUAGCAGCUGCUAAGGCGGAAUUCUGCAGUAUGGAAUCCAUGGGCAUCAUACGCAGAUCGUCCAGUCCUUGGGCAUCACCAUUGCACAUGGUGCCAAAAUCUUCAGGAGGUUGGCGCCCUGUGGAGACUACAGGCGCCUCAAUGAAGCUACUGUUUCAGACAGAUAUCCAGUGCCUCACGUGCAAGAUUUCUCUUCUCACCUCGAGGGUAUGA